GGAGGCGGAAGGAGGGGGCGUGGCUUAGCUUCCCAGCCCUGCCCCAUUGGCUGGAGCCGCUCCUUUGUUCUCAACCCGCCACGCCCACGGUUGCUAGGCGACGGCCCAAACAAAACCCCUGCAAAGCCGGGAUGGCAACGCAUUUCAGCUCGGGGCAGUAUGAAGAUGCCUAUAAUCCGCGGAAUUUGCGAAGCUGGAAUCUUCCCAAGGUUACUAAGGCGCAUCCUUCAACCCGGGAGGGGUUCACUCAGUUUGUAGCCAAUGACAGAGGCCACCUUCUGCCUUCCAUCCCCCGCUCUAAGGCUUCUCCUUGGGGUACCUAUAUGACCACCUGGGACAUGCCCUUGAAAAUCCCGCCGGCCAAGGUCUCUCUCACCUCCCGGUCGAUUGACGCAGCCGCCCGGCUCACCGAAUGGAUGAAUAAAUCGGCGGCCUUAAGCAAAGCCUGCAACGGAUUGUGCCCAGAAAUUGUUGGCAAGCCCUCCGUCCCCGUGACCAAGGAACCCGUCUCUAAGCACAGCCGGACCCCCGGUAAAACCUCCGAGCGACCCCUCUCGAGCGGGAAGAUGCCGGCUCGAGAAGAGGUCGGGUCCCGGGUAGGCGCUUCCCCCAAUGGCCCGCUGUCCCGCCAGCCCGGCAGCAUGGACCUCCGGCUGAGAGACGCCGGCGGGCCGGACGCCUCGGAAGCCCCCGACUUGGAGGCCAAGCCGCCCAAGGAGAGAAUGAACGACGACAUCCCGCUUUCCCGCCAGCCCGGUUGCAUGGAUCUGCGUCUGAAGGACACCAGCCCCCAGUUGCCCAGCCCCAACCGGCCCAGCUCGCGGGAGCCCACCCCGAGGAGGACGAUCUCCGCCGAGGCCCCUCCGUCCGGAAGACCUCGGUCCCGGGAAGCCAGAGGCAAAGGCUUGGGAGCCCCAGAGCUUUUGUCUCCUUGCCGUCCGGGGUCUCUGGAGGUGAGCCCUCGCCCGGGGUCCCUGGAGGUCAACCCCCGUCCGGGGUCCCUGGAGGUCAACCCCCGGGGUGACCGUUCGCUGGAGGCCCUGCCCUCCGGCCGGCCACUGGCCAAAAGCAGGCAGGGGUUGGAGAUGCCGAAGACGGCAGCCGAAAGGAGCGCGUCCAGACCCCUUUCCUCCACAUAAAUCUUCCCGGGAGAUUUAAUAAAAGAAAACAAAAAGAAAAAAAAAUCAACUACCAAUGCUUAAAAAAAAAAGAAGAAGAAGUGGACAGCACCAGUCUUUAAAAGCCUUUUUUUCUGUGUUUUUCCUUUUUUUUUUUUUUUUGGUUGUUUUUCACGCCUCCCGGUUCGGAUCCAUCCUUCUACCCCCCCUCCCCAAUUGUCCGUUUGCGGUCUGAGCAAUCUCGGCUAAGCGAGCCCCCAAAUUGGGCUGGUUUUGCUGACGCGUGCAGCCCUGGGAAACGACAAGAUGGUUGGUGUGUUUGUGUGUGUGUGUGUAAGGUCAACCACCUGUGGGAUACCAACACGACUGCAAGGGGCUUGGAAGAAAAACCAAAAUCACAGGGGCGGCUCAACCAUGGAAGGGGGUCCAUUAACACUGGGGGGGUGUUUUGCUAAUAAUUAAUAAAGCGAAUUGGCCGUUGAA